GCUUAUUUAUUUGCUUUUCUUUUAUUCUUUUACUUGUUUUAGUCAUUUGACUGCUGCCAUGCUGGAGCACCACCUUUAGUUGAACAAAUUGACCCCAGGACUUAUUCUUUGUUAAAAUGCUUGAUGUUACACCAAGUAUUACUGCCAGUUUCGUUCUCUAGGAUUCUAGCAAACAAACUUUACCUGAGCCCCUUUGCUUUUACAAGGCAGGGGUUUUCGUUUUACCGUGCAUCAGCUUGUUACCUCAAUCUUUUGCUUAGCUCUUUGGAUUUGAAUUCUCUCCAGCUUCUACCUUCACGAAUAAUGGCCGACAACAGAUUUAUUGUGGUGUAUGCCAAGCUGGGCACAUCCAGCUGCAAAAAAUGCAAGACCAAAAUUGAAAAGGCUGCUUUGAGGAUUGGUAAAGUGGUACCAAAUCCUUUCUCUGAUGAUGGAGGAGACAUGAAGCAAUGGUACCAUCCCUCUUGUAUCUUUGAAACAUUUCUUCGAGCAAGGCCUACUACCAAGAUUAUCGAAGAAGCAGAAGACCUGGAUGGAUUUCAAGAUUUGCAACAAGACGAUAAGGAUUCUGUGAACAACUUAAUAAAAGACUUCUUUGAUAAUCCACAAAAUAAACGGAAACGACCUGGUACUAGCAGCACCAGCAGCAGCAGUAGCAAUACCAUUUCUAAAACUUCCAGUACUGCUAAAAAGGAAGAGAAGAAAAAGCCUUCUGCUGAUGUGAAAGAAAGCAAACCACCUCCACCACCAUCACCGUCCAGUAAUAAUGCUGAAAGUGAAAGUAAAGAGGGCAAGAAAGGCGGCGCCAAAGAUGAUGCAUUCCGAUGUUUCCGACAACUUUGUGCCAAGAUUGCUGAGGAGAACACUUACCUGGGGAAGACACAGUUGGUGUCGGAUAUGUUGACGAAAGGGUCUUCUGGAGAUGUCUUCUGCGGAGAUACCUAUCUAUGGCUGAAACUUCUGCUGCCAGGUGUUGUGAAAAUUGUUUACAACCUGAAUAGCAAACAACUUGUUAAGUUAUUUAGUCAGAUUUUUGGUGAAAACCUUGAAGAAAUGGUGAAAGACUUAGAACAGGGGGAUGUUGCUGAAACUAUCCGGAUGUUCUUUGAAAACAACAGCAAGUUGCUACCUCAGAAGAAAAGCACCAUCUCAAUACAGGAAGUGGAUCAACUUUUAACAGAUCUCUCAAAAGUUACUAAAGAAGACGAUCAACAGAGAUAUCUCACCAAAAUUGCUAAAAGGUGUACAGGUAACGAUCUGAAAAUGGUGAUUCGCUUGAUUAAGCACGACUUACGGAUUAAUGCUGGUGCUAAACACAUCCUUGAUGGCCUUGACCCCAAUGCUUAUGCUGCAUUUCAAGCUUCUCGCAGUCUCCAAGAUGUUGUUGACCGGGUGCUCCAAAACCGACGUGAAAACAAAUUGGGACUGGAGAAAAAAUUAAGCGUACGGGCAUCUCUAAUGACGCCAGUUUUGCCCAUGUUGGCUGAGCCGUGUCGCUCUGUUGAGAUGGCCAUGAGGAAAUGUCCUGGUGGAUUUUAUGCAGAAAUCAAAUAUGAUGGGGAACGAGUUCAAGUUCAUAAAGAUGGUUCUGAAUUCCGUUAUUUCAGUCGUUCUUUAAAACCAGUCCAACCACACAAAGUGUCUCACUUCAAGGAUUAUAUACCAAAAGCUUUCCCAGGAGGCAAUAAUUUGAUACUAGAUGCUGAGGUUCUUCUGAUUGACAAUGCCACCAGUACCCCGCUGCCAUUCGGAACUCUUGGAAUACAUAAGAAAGCAGCAUUCAAGGACGCAAAUGUUUGUCUGUUUGUCUUUGACUGUCUACAUCUGAAUAAUGAGAACCUGAUGGAGCUUUCUAUUAAAAAACGGAGAAAGAUUCUUGAGGACAACAUGGUCGAGAUACGGAAUCACAUCAUGUUUUCAAAGACUCAAUUUAUUACAGAACCAACUGAUCUCCAGUCUUUAAUGACAAAGGUCUUUCGUGAAGGAUUAGAAGGACUUGUUUUGAAACAUAUUAAAAGUAUUUAUGAACCAGGCAAGAGACAUUGGUUGAAAGUGAAAAAAGAUUAUUUAGAACAAGGAAGUAUGGCAGACUCUGCUGAUUUGGUUGUUCUUGGAGCUUACUAUGGCACUGGAAAUAAAGGUGGACUUAUGUCGGUGUUUUUAACAGGAGUAUACAAUCCAUUCACCAAAAAGUGGUGUACUGUUAGCAAAGUUGGUAAUGGUUUCGAUGACAGAACCUUAGACCGUUUGCAGAAGGAGCUGAAGAUGGUAAAAAUUAGCAAGGAUGUUCAGAAAGUACCAUCUUGGUUAAAUAUAAAAAAGAAUGUCAUACCAGAUUUUAUUGUUGAAGAUCCAUAUCAGGCACCAGUUUGGGAGAUCACCGGAGCAGAAUUUAGCAAGGCUGAAAUUCACACAGCUGAUGGGAUUUCCAUUAGGUUCCCUCGUCUCACCAAAAUACGAACAGAUAAAAGCUGGAAAGAAGCAACUGACCUACCAAGGCUUAAGGAACUUUACAAGUCAUCGAAAGAGGUGUCCGACUUUCCAAAUCUCGUUACUCCGAAGGCAUCACCUGCAGAUGACUCUUCUAAAGAAAAUGACUUCAAAGGAGAUGCAGAACAAAGCAGCGAUGACCACAAAAACAGCCAGUCGUCCCUGCAAAAGACUCCGGUCAAGCGGAAAAUACCAAUGAAAGAGGAGCAGGAAUCACCAGGGCAAUCUUCAAAAAGCAAAGCACGUAAAAUUGAUGAAAUGUUUCAGAAAUCUCGUUCUGAUAAUGUGGAAGGGGACAAAAAAUCCUCAACAUCAAAGGAGAAGAAACCAAUGUGUAAAUAUGGCAGUGGUUGUUACCAAAAGAAUCCUCAACAUUUGGAAGCUUUUGACCAUUCUACAUCGUCCAGUGGUUCUGCCAGUGCUUCUGUGUCAGAUCCACUGCCCAAUGUGUUCCAUAACCUGAAGAUUUACCUUCCUAAAAAUAUGGAAUCCUACAAGAAACUGAAGCGAUUCAUUAUUGCUUUCGAUGGAGAAGUAUUGCUGGAACAUGACGUCUCCAACGCCACCCACCUUGUCAUUGUCAAAGAUCUCAAUGAAAGUGAUGUCAGCUCAGCUUCGCCUUCAGCUGUCUGUAUAACGUCCGAGUGGCUGUGGAAAUGUAUUAAAAAGAAGCAGUGUGUACCGACACAAAAGUAUGUCUUCACUGCCUGACAACAUCUUCAUUACGAGCCGCAUGCUUCCAGCUGCAGAGGAAUUGUUACGAAAGAAAAAAGAAAAAAAAAACAAACUAACAAAUAGAAAAACAAGAAAGCUUUGAGAAUAAACCAAGACUUUUCUGUUGAUGUUCCUAUACUGCAGCCCCACCCAUGAGAAGCACCACAGGCGCAUCAGUGGAAGACGGGGAGGGCAACCGUAUGAAUUAUUUCUCUUUUAUCAUGGCACAAAUGAGUUUUAAACAAAAAUAACAAAAAUUAUUUAAAAAUCUUUUUUUUUCCUUUAUUUUUGGUUUCUCAAAUGAAGAACAUUUAUAAUGAGAUUGCAAAGUAAAAAAACAAAAGCCAAGCAAAAAAUAUGAAAAAGAAAUCUGACUUCUUUUGCAUAA